AUGUCUUCACUGCUUCAGCCUGUUCCAUACUUGCUCGUUGCUGUCUCACUCCUCUUCCUUCUCUUUGCUUGCCAUGUCUCUUUAAGAUUGUUCUUCUGGCCAUUCUCCCGCCGUUCUCUUCCAAGCUCUCUCAACUGGGCUGGCGCCGAUGAUGGUCUCUUUUCAAACGCGCGUGCCAACUUUCGAUCCUUAUUCCAUACCCGCGAGCUUGUUCAGGAGGGUUACUACAAGUACUCCAAGAAUAACCUUCCAUUCGUCUUACCAAAUAUUACCACCGGCCCGGAGGUCAUACUCCCUAUGUCACAGAUGGAUUGGCUCUUGCAGCAACCUGAUACUGUCCUUUCUCAAACCGAAGUCAAUAGGCAAUUCUUGCAAGCAGACUGGACCAUGCUCCACCCUAAAAUUAUCCAGGACGGGAUUCAUGCCGACGUUAUCAAGAGGGAAAUGACGAAAUUUCUGGGGGACUUUACUGAGGAUGUUGAGGAAGAGAUCGACUAUGCUUUCCGAACACUCUGGGGUACCGAUACCAAGAAUUGGGUCCAGGUCUCUGCUUACCAUACGAUGCUGGACGUUAUCGCUCGGGUAUCUAACCGAGUUCUGGUUGGACUUCCACUCUGCCGUGACGAAGAAUAUCUCGAUUCUUCCAAGUCGUUUGCUCGUUUUGUUGUCGUCCAAGCAGCGGCAAUUUCGCAAUGCCCGAAUUUCUUGAGAUGUAUCGUGGCCCCCUUGCUCAACAUAUUCGACACUAUAAGAUACAGCAAGAGUGUCAAGUAUCACGUUCCCAUCAUCGAGCACAGAAAGUCGGGUCCUUCAGAUGACGAAAACAAGAAGAAUGACUAUAUUCAAUGGUCCAUAGAUCAUUCCUUCCGCAAGAACAACCCAAGUGAGAGAGCCACGGACCUCAUCUCGAAGCGACUGAGCGUUCUCCAAUUCGCUGCCAUCCACUCAUCCGCCAUCACCCUCACAAAUCUUCUCAUCGACCUGGCUAGCAGUGCUAGGAUCUCCGACUACCUGUCUAUCAUUCGCAACGAGGUUACCGCAGAGCUCGCUGCAGAAAACGGAGUCUGGUCCAAGGCGGUACUCGCAAGGAUGGUCGCAACUGACAGCACGAUUCGCGAAACUCUGCGACUCUGGGCAUUCGUUAGCAGAGGUCUACUGAAAGAGGUCGUCAAACAGGGCGGCGUGACUCUCCCGACCGGCGAGCACCUCCCCAAGGGCACGAAGGUCGGCUACCAUAACUACCCAAUCCACCACGAUGCCGAUUUCUAUCCGGACCCAAUGGCUUUCGAUCCUCUGCGAUUCUGCUCUCGUGGCGAAGCUGAUGAAGCCGCGGACGGGAAGUUACCCGCCGAGGCUGCGAAGAAGAAUAUCCCCUUGGUCAGAACCAGCAGCGCCUUCAUGGCGUUCUCUCAUGGCAAGGAUGCAUGCCCAGGACGUUUCUUCGCUUCCCAACAGCUGAAGCUCGUUGUGGCUUACAUCGCACUCAACUACGACAUCGAGCCCCUCGCCUCCCGUCCAGAUAAUCUGUGGCUAGUCGGCAGCCAAGGACCACCCAUGGAUGUCAACGUACGUAUCCGCCGCCGCGAGGGUACGGUCUGA